AUGCGCUGUCGUCGUACGUUCACUCUCGGCUCAAAGACGAGGGGCAUCGCUCCCAAACGUCGCUUUGUCACCACCCGCAUGUCAUCCGGGUCCAACCUCUUUUACUCUCAUAGACCAACCAACAACCUCCUCGAGCAACCUCAGCUCGGGUUCAUUGUCGGGUUCAGAAGCGCCAAAUCCCGCACAGGAGCACAAUUGCAGAACACCGAGACGAUGCAUUCCACAGCAUGCCAUCCUGAGCCCCGGCAGGCUGGCCCUGCCAACAGUUACAGCGCCGCCUUUUCCCAUGACCCGCGGCUGCGUCUUGAGGCCCUUACCGAGUCGCGCGACACUAGCCGUUAUAAUCGCACAUUCAUCGCCUAUGCUAAUCAGCCCAAGCUGGCACCUCACAUCAUCAACGUCAAUAUCCCCAGUCCGGCUCACUCUCCGCUCUUUCUCCCCCCCUCCCUCCUCCCCGUCACCCACCACUUUCCUGUCUCGCCAACACCCGACGCCGUCUCUCCCUUCCAAGAGUCCGCCGCCGCUCCUGCUCGUCAAAUGACCCCCUCUCCGCAGGCUGGCACCGCGCCGUAUUCUCCCCGCCACCAUACCGCCAGCUCCGCGCGAGCUUUCCCGUUGGCGCUCCGUCUUGACACCGCCUGCGGCCCAGCGGCAGCGGCGCCGUUCCCACAGCAAGAAUGCAGCUACGACUCAGCGGAAAGUGACGAUGAAAUAGGCCCGCCGCUACCCAGAGCUUCAAAUAGCUUCUUGAGGGAGCGCAAUUUUCCCUCGGAGGAGGAAGGGGGGGAGGGGGAGCGGCCGCGACGGCCGUCGGAGCAUGGCCUGCGGCGCGGGCUGAUCCCCGGCGAGCCCAGCGCCAAGCCGGACACGUCGCUGUCUGAGCCGAGUGAGGGAGUCGUGCGCUCGGUGCCGACUGCGAAUUGCUGA